AUGGAUAAAGCACUCUGUGUUAGAGGGGCAUGUAUCGCUUAUAGAAUCUGGGAGGUUGCAGGAGAUGAAACAUCCCAGAAUCACAUUCCAAGUGCUUGUAAAGACUCGGUAGCAAUGUUAUUCAUAUUUGAUCUAACAAGUCGGUGUACUUUAAACAGUAUCGUCGGAUGGUAUCAAGAAUCAAGGAAAUGGAAUCAGACGGCAAUUCCAGUACUCAUAGGGACCAAAUUCGACGAUUUUGUACAAUUACCGAUAGAUGUUCAGUGGACAAUUGCAAGUCAGGUAAUAUAUUUGAUCUCUUCUAAUCAUGCAACAAUAUGCAUAUAA